AUGGCUCUGCCGAGUUGCCGAGCGGUUGAGCUGCCAGCUAUUCGAUUGCAUCACAAAGCAGGAAAUGGUGGAGAAACGGAAAAUACAGAGCAUGGAAUCAUAAAUGCCAGUGUACAGGAACCAACAGAACUGAGUAUUUGGGCGGAGAAAGAAAUUAUAGCAUUUCGAUCAACUGCCACAACAAAAGCAACGUUACCGAAAGUCAAAAGGCCAGAACGGUGGAAACGAGAAGAAUGGUGUGUCGAUUUUACACGAUAUAAAAGGUCUGACAUGAAAAUGGAAGAUAAACGGAAAGAAACCGCAUCUGAGAGGAAACGAACGAAAUUGUCAAAAGCUCCGUGA